AUGCUCUCAUUGCCGGAGAUGACUCGUGAAGAAUUGAUGAUCUCGCGAGCAAUGGAAAACUGUGCAGUAAAGUCUGCAAUUGCUGGAGUACUUGGUGCUGCUGUUGGUGUUGCUUUUGGUUUGUUCACUGCUUCUGUGGAUCCAUCUUUGAGCAUGGUUGGUAAUGACCCAACAAAACAGCUUACCUUAAAAGAGACUUGGAAAGAGAUGAGCUCAAGGAUGAAGUCAUACGGAAAAAAUUUUGCAACUCUUGGAUUCUUGUUUUCCGGCACAGAGUGUAUACUGGAGAGUGUACGCGCCAAAAGCGACUGGAGGAACGGAACCUAUUCUGGAGCAAUUGUUGGUGCUCUUUUUGGUCUACGAGCCGGCAUUAAACCUGCGAUGUGGGGUGCUGCCGGUUUUGCUGCCUUCUCAACGGUUAUUGACUACUAUAUGAAGGGCUUCUGA